AUGUACUCAUCACCUAUGUCCCAGAAGCCUCUGCGCCGUGUGGUUGUGACUGGGGGCACCCACGGCAAUGAGAUGUCUGGUGUCUACCUGGUCCAGCACUGGCUACAGGACCCAAGGGAGCUACAGAGACCCAGCUUCUCUGCCAUGCCUGUCCUGGCCAACCCUGAAGCUGUAGCUACCUGUUGUCGCUACAUUGACUAUGACCUCAACCGCGCCUUCACCAGCACCAUACUCAAUUCCAAGGCCACCCCGGAUGAUCCAUAUGAGGUGAGAAGAGCCCGAGAGCUGAACCAGCUGGUGGGGCCCAAAUCUUCAGACCAGGCCUUCGACUUUCUCCUCGACCUGCACAACACCACGGCCAACAUGGGCGCCUGCCUCAUCUUGGAAAGCUCCUAUAGCAUCUUUACCCUGCACUUGUGCCACUACCUAAAGCUGCAGAAUCCUGACCUGUCCUGCUGCGUCUUUCAGUACCUGUUUUCCAGGAAGGAGUCUUUGGGCUUGGACUCAGUGGCCAAGAAUGGACUGACCCUGGAGCUGGGCCCCCAGCCUCAGGGGGUGCUGCGGGCCGACAUUUACUCCCAGAUGAGAGCCCUGGUGAUCUCUGCCAUGGACUUUAUCGAACUCUUCAACCAGGGCACGGCCUUUCCUGCCUUUGACAUGGAAAUAUACAAGACCUUGGACAGGGUAAACUUUCCCCUCACGGAGGAUGGGGCCCUGGCUGGCACCAUACAUCCCCAGCUACAGGACCAAGACUUGGAGCCACUGAAGCCUGGUGCGCCCAUCUUCAAAUUAUUCAAUGGUGAGGACGUGCUCUAUGAGGGAGACUCCACUGUUUUCCCCUUGUUCAUUAAUGAGGCUGCCUAUUAUGAGAAGCACUUGGCCUUCAUGAAGUCUGAGAAAAUCACGAUCUCUGUGCCCGCCUUGUCUGCGCUGACCUCUGCCUCCACCCUGGCUCUUUAA